AUGGGGCAGAGUGAAGAAAUAAAGUUAAGGACAAUAAAAGGCGCAGGUAUAGGAUGUUAUCACGAGUCGAGAGGGUUUGUGUGGGGUGUCGUGGGGUGUCGGGGGGGGGGGGGCUGGGCGGUAGGUGGUUCAGAUAGGGAUGGCAGAAGGCUUCAUUCGCGCGCUCGGCACCGUCGCGAAGCCACGUCCGCGCCCGGUACGACUCUCUUACGUAACCAGAUGCCGAACGCCAUCGACAUCUGUUGA